AGAAGGCCGGAGCUGCUGUGAGGUGCAAAGGGAUAAUCCGAAUUGCACUGGCAAGAUCCUUGCCUCUGCCUCUCUUACCUGUUUCCGAAGCUAACGGGAAAGGGGCAAGGAUGGUGGAGGCUUUCUGUGCUACCUGGAAGCUGACAGACAGUCAGAACUUUGAUGAGUACAUGAAGGCUCUAGGUGUGGGUUUUGCCACUAGGCAGGUGGGAAAUGUGACUAAACCAACAGUGAUCAUCAGUCAGGAGGGUGACAAAGUGGUGAUCAGGACCCAAAGCACAUUCAAGAACACAGAGAUUAGUUUCCAUCUGGGAGAAGAGUUUGAUGAAACCACUGCAGAUGACAGGAACUGUAAGUCUGUUGUUAGUCUGGAUGGAGACAGACUUGUUCAUGUGCAGAAAUGGGAUGGCAAAGAAACAAAUUUUGUGAGAGAGAUUAAGGAUGGCAAAAUGGUCAUGACUCUUACUUUUGGCGAUGUGGUUGCUGUUCGCCACUAUGAGAAGGCAUAGAAAGCUUCUUGAUCUGGGACUGGAGAAGUUCUAUAAUGUUUCUGUUCACUCAAGUCUCAGUACCACACUGCUAUUCCAGCCCGGCUGAUCUCUGAUUAGAAGGUUAUCCUUGGCAUGGAGGUGGACAAUGAUGAUUUAAAAACUUGUUUUAAAACCUGUUACUGCAAGCCAUCAAAACCAAUUUUGAUCUGCACAUUUAUCACAUUUUAUAAUUUCACAUUAAAGUUCUAAGUUACUUGUUUAAAAAAAUAAAGAAGUGACUACAUUCUAUAAUUUCCAUUGGAAAGCAAAUCAAAUUGGAAUAAAAAUGUAUACCCAUGAAAAA